AGUUAUGUACCAUUGCUUAGCGUCUAACAUUUGCGAAAUAACAACGAAGAAGGAUAUGCUAAUACAAAGAUAUCGGAUAUCAAGUAAUCAAGUACCUUAACUUGAAAGAAUUGAGAAAGCAUGUUAAAAUUCUUUAUAGGAAAAAAGUUAAAGAUGCGCGGAAACUAGCGGAAUGCUGGAGAUGCAAUUUUGAUCCUAAUGGAACGUAGAUAUUGCGUAACGUCUCUCGCUUGGCUAUACAAAGUAAUCUAAUAUACAGUUUUAUCCAACUACUGCGCGUGUAGCACGUGUUAACAUUCGCUUCGAUUCCUCUUGGUAUGCGGCACAAGUGUACAUACAUAGACUUAUUUGUAUGCAUCUCGUACGAUUAAACAAGUCGCAAUUAACUAUCGAAUCACAGUAUCUCGUUUAAACGAUUAAACUUGACAACGAACGAAUCGCAAAGAAAUUUACGUUAUAAAAGACCGUAAAAGAAAGAGAUAUUCGAAAAGAGAACACUCGAAAAAGGAAAGACGAUUGAAGAAAAGAGAGAAUGAAAGCGUUGACCAUACCAUGACGCAAUAAGCGUUUAAUGAUCUCGAUCGAAAGAUGGUCUUCGAUUCGGUGUCUGAAGAGCAGAGAAAACGUUUUUUUAAACAGAGUUAUGCCGCUCAUUUGCCUGGGUACACCGGACAUUGUCCCACUCUUAGGUUUCGUGUUGGAAAACGAUUCGGAGCGUGUACCCAAGAAAUUAUGAAGGAAUUACUCGAAAAGAAAAUCCUUAAGACAGGACCUUAUAGACCCAACUCCGAGAGGAAUAUGCGCGAACAUAUGAGUGUUUUGGAGAAAAACACCAAUACGGAUUGGACAAGUGAACCACAUUUCUUCAAAGCACCUCCGUACAUCUUGGGAUAUACUGGAUAUAUUCCUGGAUUUAAUAACAGGUAUGGUUUAUCCUUUAUGAGAGCCGUGGAAGAGGGUGCCAGAGAAUGGCGCGAAAAUCAAACUAAAUUGAAAGCUCGUAGAGACCUUACACAAACUAAGAUUGAAAAAAGUGUCGCCUCUAAAAAUCAUUUACUUCAAACGAGAACCGAUAACAUAGGUGUUCAUAUUCAUCAUAACCACCAUUAUGAUCAUGAUUAUGAAGUUUCUCCUGAAAGACCACCAAUUGUAGGCUAUACGGGUCAUAUUCCAGGCGUCAAGGGAGAGGUUGCACUUUCGAAAAGAUAUGCACAAGCUGCAAAAAGGGGAUUGGAAUUAGUUCGAAAGGAACGUGAACAAAGACUUGGUAAAUUAACGGGCAGCGAUACGGUACAGGGAAUUUCAAAUGUAGAUCGCUAUGAUAAAACUGAGUUCGCGGAAGCCUAAUUUUCAGAAUUCCCCGAAUUCGAAUUUUAUCCCGACAGAAUAUUUGAUACGUCCAUAAACCAAUGACAAUCUCUUUUAACGAUAACUCUUAUCUGAUUAAAACUAUUUCAUUAAAUAUAAUUUAUAUUUCUAACUUAUUUUCAA